UGACGGAAUGCAGUAUGAAUGUAGUAUUCACGAUUUUUCGAGGGGUAUGAAAGCCUUCGGGGAUAAUGGUGCUGUUGACGACUGCAUUUAUCGAAAAGGAAUGCGUAAGAACGCAAUCUAAUAAAUCACUGACGAAAGGUAUCUGCAAAAAUCAUCUGAGGAAAAUCACUCAUCUCUUUAUGAAUGAUAAAUUGAUAGAAGCUGUCGGAAAUUUCUCUGGAUGCAAAAAUUUACGAGUGAUUUACAUGCAGAACAAUUGCAUUACGAAAAUAGAAAAUCUCGAUUUUGCUGAGAGUCUUACACAUUUGUAUCUGCAACACAACAAUAUUACGAGAAUUGAGAAUCUCCAGGGGUUGAGGAAUCUGAGGAGCCUGUACUUGGGACAUAAUGGCAUUAAUAUCGUCCAGGGACUGGAAGGGCUGGAGAAUUUAUUGGAGUUGCAUAUCGAGAAUCAGAAGCUAGCGGUUGGGGAAUCACUGGUUUUUGAUCCUAGGAGUUUGAAGACAUUGUCGAAUCAUUUGAAGAUACUCAACGUGACAGGUAAUGGAUUAAUUUCCUUGAGAGCAUUGAGUCAUUUUCUCAAUCUGGAGCACUUGGACGCGAGGGACAAUAAAAUAAAAGAUAUGCGAGAUUUGAGUGAGACUAUUUCCAGUCUGCCUUGGCUGAAUCGUUUAUUCCUUCAGGGGAAUCCUGUGACACUGAGCUAUCGAUAUCGAGAGAAUCUUAUCGCUCAUAGCAAUAGACUAGAAAAUUUAGACGGAAAAGUCAUCACUGACGUCACCCGACGGUUCCUGAGUAAAUUCAAAGAAGUGAAACAGCUGAGACUGGAGAGAUGUGGGCCGAAACUGUCCCUCAGCGACGACAUAACGACUUCUCUGAAUUUGCCCCCGGCAUUCAAACGAUCCGUGUCACGAGCAAUUCUCCAGCAGCAGCCUGGACCAAAAUUAUCGAUAAGCGUAUCAGCAAUCAGUGGAGAGACAGAAUCCCAACUCUUUCCACCUUGGAAAUGCAUAUCAGCGAUUCAUGGAAAGAGAGAUAAUCACCUGACCCCUCGUCCCCUCUGGCGAUCAACAUCUAGGGCAAGACAAUCACCUCGAAGGAUUUCAAAAAUAAUCGACAGCACUGGACUUCCCCCAAUCCCAGCCACAAAAAAAGAGUAAGACAUGUGCUACGCGCAAUUAAAUGAAUGUUCAAUUGUAUUUUGGUAUAAUAUAUUAUUAUGCUGCUAGAAAAAAUGAUCUUGAACAUCUUCUCGUUAGCCCAGCAUUCCACAGGUAUCAGUACAUACACAUCAUAACAAAAUACUCGAACUCAAUAUAAAAAUUCACAAAUGGUGUUUAAUUCUCUCUCUUAAUUCGACAAUUACAGCGUGCUCGUGUUAUAUACGUUUAAUAAUUAAUGCAUUUUCCUUGAAUUUAGUUACCCAUCGAUUU